AGUAUUCUUUCCUACAAUGGUUCGGCGGUCAUUGCGAUGGCGGGUGAUCAUUGUGCGGCUAUCGCAUCAGAUCUUCGAUUUGGCGUGAAUCUGCAAACAAUUUCCACUGAUUUCUCCAAAGUUCAUCAGCUAGGCCCUCGGCUGUUCGUUGGUUUUCCUGGUCUUGUGACUGAUAAUCAGACUGUAGGCUGCAAUUCAGGAAAAAUANGGAAAAAUAUUUAUGAACUACGGGAGAACAAAUCCGUGAAGCCCCAAACACUCACUACUAUGUUAUCCAACCUCUUAUAUGAACGAAGGUUCGGUCCUUAUUUUGUCGAACCUGUAGUGGCUGGCAUUGAUCAUUUUACUGAGAAGCCGUACAUCGCAUCCAUGGACCUCAUCGGGUGCAUCUUGGAGGCAGAUGAUUUUGUUGUUAGUGGGACAUGCACUGAGCAGAUGUAUGGAAUGUGUGAAACCUUAUGGGAAGAGAAAAUGAAACCGAAGGAGCUGUUUGAAUGUAUUGCUCAGUGCAUUCUAAAUGCCGUCGAUCGGGACUGUCUUUCGGGAUGGGGCGCACGUGUUUACCUCAUCGAACCGGACAAAGUUACCGUUUCUGACCUGAAGAUGCGUAUGGACUAA